AUGGCUGCUGCAUUCCGACCAUUGCAACCAGACCCAGACCUGGAAAAACAGACCACCUUGUGCUGGGUGAACUUUCCCAGCAGCCUUCUCUCGGCUGUCAUUGGCCAGCAUCGCCCACUGCUCAACCAAUCCCUAGCCAAAAGAAGGAGACUGCCAGGGAGGCUUGGACCAAUCAGGACCUGUCCUCUGGGGCUGGAGAAAAACCCAGAGGAAGGCUGCCCAACGGAUGACAGAAGUCUGGACCUCUGUGGCCCCUUGGCAUCUCCACGGGACACCAAGAUGGAGAGUCCCGAGAAGGCCCAGUGCCACUUCUCAAAGGGCCUCCUGCUCUCAGCCUCAAUUCUGGUUCUCUGGAUCCCCCAAAGCUGGGCUGCCCUCCACAUCCAGAAGGUCCCAGAGCAUCCUCAAAAGGACCAGAACCUUCUCCCGUCCGUCCAGGGCAUCCCAGGCAACUUUCAGGACCUCAGCUGGUACCCGGGGGAGGAGGCCAAUGGCGGCACGAUGUUAUUCACCUCCUUCCCUGACCUCCAGCGGCCCCAGAGGGACGGCAGCACCAUGGGGCAACGUGACAUCGUUGGCUUCCCCAAUGGGUCCACACUGCUGUACCGCAUCCAGCCCACAGACAGCGGCACCUACCAGGUAGCUGUCACCAUCAAUCCUGACUGGACCACGAGGGCCAAGACCGAGGUCCAGGUGGACGAAAAGCUGAAGGAGCUGCCCAUUACACACCUGCCGCUGAGUGCUGGGAUCAUGGCUGCCAUCAUAAUCGGGUUCCUUCCUGCUGGGUCCCUCUUCGUCGGGUGCAUUGCCCAUCUCCUGUCAACAAGAGGCUGGAGGGGCCAGAGCCACAGAGUGCCCACUCCAGGAGGCCAGGGGUCUUUGUCUGUCUUGUUCCCAGCUGUGUCCCCAGUGGCUUCAACAGGACCCAGCCCAUGGAUGACACCCACAGAGAAGCCAGAGGUGCACCCCAAUCACAAUGCCGGUGACCAGGACAUCUAUGAAGUGAUGCCGUCUCCGACCCUCCUGGUAUCUCCCCCCCGGAGUUUGCUGUGGCGCCGGCACCUUCCCCUGCCCCAGCAGCAGCCAGAGCCGGAGAACCACCCCUACCAGGACUUGCUGAACCCUGCCCCUGCCCCUUACUGCCAACUCAUGCCAACCCCCCGAAGAGGCCCCUGGAAGAGCAAAAGCCUCAGCCCUCCCCUGGGGGCCUGGGGCCCACAGAGAAGCCACACCAGAGACCCCACAGCACCAGGCCACCACAGCCAGAGGCCGACAAGGUGGACUCAAAUGAAGACUCAGCACAGGAUCAGGCAUGGGCAAGAGAUCAUGAUGGGCCCAGCGCCUCUCUGACCCUCUGAGUAUAUAACCCGCCCUCAACUCUGGUCUGUCCAGCAAGCUGGCCUGGGCCUCGUGCCUGGGAAAGGCAGGCUCUUGCCUUCUCCUAACCCAAAGUACGCCCUCACACACACUGGAUAUUUGGGGGUGAGGAGAGUGGUCUCAGGCCUGCCUCAAGCCAGACCUCACAGGCUUCUACUCGCUGGGCUUCUACCUGUCGGCCCACAAUGCCCCACCCCUGCUCCCUGCUUGUCCUUGGAGCCCCUUCCCCUGGGAGU